GCCCCGAGCUGGUGCCUGCCGCGGGAUGGAGGCCGACGACACCCCCGGCGCCCCCCACGCUCCCGGGCCGCAGCUGAGCAUCCCCGACAUCAUCAUCAUCACCGUGUAUUUCGCCCUAAACGUGGCCGUGGGCAUAUGGUCUUCGUGCCGGGCCAGCAGGAACACGGUGCGAGGCUACUUCCUGGCGGGCCGGGACAUGACCUGGUGGCCGAUUGGAGCCUCUCUCUUCGCCAGCAGCGAGGGCUCGGGCCUCUUCAUUGGACUGGCAGGCUCGGGGGCGGCCGGGGGCCUGGCCGUGGCGGGCUUCGAGUGGAAUGCCACGUAUGUGCUGCUGGCCCUGGCGUGGGUGUUUGUGCCCAUCUACAUCUCCUCGGAGAUUGUCACCAUGCCCGAGUACAUCCAGAAGCGCUACGGAGGCCAGCGGAUUCGCAUGUACCUGUCUGUCCUGUCUCUGCUGCUGUCCGUCUUUACGAAGAUAUCGAUCGACCUGUACGCAGGGGCCCUCUUCGUGCACGUCUGUCUGGGCUGGAACUUCUAUCUCUCCACCAUCCUCAUGCUGGCCAUCACCGCUGUGUACACCAUCGCAGGGGGUCUGGCUGCUGUGAUCUACACGGACGCCCUGCAAACGCUCAUCAUGGUGGUGGGGGCCGUCAUCCUGACUGUCAAAGCUUUUGACCAUAUCGGCGGGUACGAGCAGCUGGCGGCAGCCUAUGCCCGGGCCAUCCCUUCCAGGACAGUCGCCAACACAACCUGCCACCUGCCACGUGCAGACGCUAUGCACAUGUUCCGGGACCCCUACACAGGGGACCUCCCGUGGACUGGGAUGACCUUCGGUCUGACCAUCAUGGCCACCUGGUACUGGUGCACUGACCAGGUCAUUGUGCAGCGGUCGCUGUCCGCCCGGAACCUGAACCACGCCAAGGCAGGCUCCAUCCUGGCCAGCUACCUCAAGAUGCUGCCCAUGGGCCUGAUCAUCAUGCCAGGCAUGAUCAGCCGAGCACUGUUCCCAGACGACGUGGGCUGCGUGGUGCCGUCUGAGUGUCUCCGGGCCUGCGGGGCCGAGAUCGGCUGCUCCAACAUCGCCUACCCCAAGCUGGUCAUGGAACUGAUGCCCGUAGGGCUGCGGGGGCUGAUGAUCGCUGUGAUGAUGGCCGCGCUCAUGUCAUCGCUGACGUCCAUCUUCAACAGCAGCAGCACACUCUUCACCAUGGACAUCUGGAGGCGGCUGCGGCCCGGCGCUGGCGAGCGGGAGCUGCUGCUGAUUGGCCGGCUGGUCAUCGUGGCACUCAUCGGCGUCAGCGUGGCCUGGAUCCCCGUCCUGCAGGACUCCAACAGCGGGCAGCUCUUUAUCUACAUGCAGUCAGUGACCAGCUCCCUGGCCCCCCCAGUGACCGCCGUCUUCAUUCUGGGCAUCUUCUGGCCGCGUGCCAAUGAGCAGGGGGCCUUCUGGGGCCUGAUGGCGGGGCUGGCCCUGGGUGCCGCUCGGCUGGUUCUGGAGUUCCUGCACCCUGCGCCCCGCUGCGGCAGUCCAGACACACGGCCCGCCAUCCUUGCCAGCGUCCACUACCUGCACUUCGCGGUCGCCCUCUUUGUGCUCAGCGGGGCCAUCGUGGUGGCCGGGAGCCUGCUGACGCCCUGCCCCCAGCGAAUUCAGAUCGAGAACCUCACCUGGUGGACCUUGGCUCCGGAUGUGCUUGUGGGGGCCAAAGCAGGUGAUGGCCAGACACCCCAGAAACGCGCUUUCUGGGCGCGCGUGUGUGGCUUCAACGCCAUCCUGCUCGUGUGUGUCAACGUCUUCUGGUAUGCCUACUUCGCCUGACGCUCGCCCGAGGGCCGAGAACGCCGGAGCCCUCGGAGUCCUCAGGGCCACCUCGCUUUCCCUAGUGAGGACACCGAGGCCCAGAGAGGUAUGGACUCCCCUCCCGACCGCGUAGCUGGUCGGUGCCCAGGAGUCCUAAAAAAGCACCGGGGCAAUGGGCAGAGAGAAGGUAGUAUUUCAGAAACAGCACAAAGUAGUCACAGCUGCAAAGAAAAUGAGAUUUCUGAUAAACAUCCUUAUACUCA